AUGUCGAAUACUAAAGGCACUGUUGAAAACCUGCCAUGGAUAGAGAAGUAUAGACCAGAGAGGUUGGACGAGGUCUACGGCCAGACAAGAGUUGUAGAAACUGUUCGAAAGUUUGCACAAGAGGGGAGGCUGCCACACCUAUUAUUUUAUGGUCCACCUGGUACUGGUAAGACAAGUACCAUAUCAGCAUUGGCUCGCGAGAUCUAUGGUAAAAAUUAUCGGAAGAUGGUUUUGGAAUUGAAUGCGUCUGAUGAUCGUGGUAUUGAUGUUGUAAGGAACCAGAUCAAGGAAUUCGCGUCUACCAGGCAGAUAUUCAGUAAAGGGUUCAAAUUGAUUAUUUUGGAUGAGGCAGAUGCUAUGACUUCAGCUGCACAGAAUGCAUUGAGGCGGAUUAUCGAGAGGUUUACCAAAAACACAAGGUUUUGUAUUUUGGCCAAUUAUGCCCAUAAGUUGACGCCUGCAUUGUUAAGUAGAUGCACCAGAUUCCGGUUUCAACCUGUCCCAGCGCAAUCCAUAGAACGCUGUGUGUUGAAUGUUAUGGCACAUGAACAUUUAACGUUGGCAGAAGAUGCUAGGAGGGCAUUGUUAAGACUAGCUAAUGGUGAUAUGAGAAAGGCUCUAAAUGUAUUGCAAGCAUCUAAGGCGACUUUGGAUAAUCCUGAAAAGGAUCAGGUCACUGAGGAUACCAUAUAUGAAUGCAUUGGCGCCCCCCAUCCAAAGGAUAUUGAAAGUCUAAUGGAAAGCAUACUCAAAGACGAUUGGACCACAGCCAGCUAUACCGUAAACAAAAUCAAGACAAACCAUGGUCUUGCUCUUAUUGACAUGAUUGAGGGGUUCGUUGAACUGCUAGAAGAGUAUGAACUAAAAGAAAGUACAAGAAUUGAACUUCUAUGUAAACUAGCAGAUAUAGAAUAUGCUAUAUCUAAAGGUGGUACUGACAAAAUUCAAUCUAGUGCCACCAUUGCUGCCAUCAAAUUCAGUAUGGAAUUGGAGCUAUGA